GGGUGGCAACCACACCACUGAUACCAUGGCUCAAACUCAGAUUGAUGCGGCCGUAAAACUGUUGCUCCAGGAAGCCGAGGAGCUGUGCAUUGGCGGACAGAUAACAGAACUGAAGCAACUGCCAACUGCUCUGGAAUUUGCUCGUGACUGUUAUGCGAAAAACGCGCCCGUCGUCAUCCGAGGAGCUGUUGCUCAUUGGCCGGCUGUGAAGAAGUGGACACCAGAAUACCUACAAAGCACACUAAACGAUAAAGUUGUAGAUGUGGCUGUUACUCCUAACGGCUAUGCUGAUGGCCUGGCCAAACAGGAUGGCCAGGAGUACUUUGUGCUGCCGCUGGAAUCAAAGAUGCCGCUAUCCGAGCUGUUGAAACGCCUCGAUGAUCCAAUGGGAGCUGUUCAUUACAUACAAAAGCAGAAUUCCAAUUUCAGCGAGGACUUUCCGGAACUGGCUGGCGACAUAGUGUCAAGUGAUUUGGAUUUUGCCCAGCAAUGCUUUAAUAAACCACCAGAUGCAGUUAACUUCUGGCUCGGAGACGAACGCGCCAUUACAUCCAUGCACAAGGAUCCAUAUGAGAAUGUGUAUUGUGUUAUUUCUGGCUACAAGGAUUUCAUUCUACUGCCGCCACAUCAACUGUCCUGUGUACCCCGUCGCAGUUAUCCCACUGGCAUUUAUAAGCAAAAGCCCUGUGGUCAGUAUUACAUAGAACCACUUAUGGACGAUGACGACAUGCAGCAGCAUACGGAGUGGAUUAGCAUCGAUCCAUUGGCACCCGAUAUGGGCACAUAUCCACAGUAUGCCAAGGCACGUCCUUUACGGGUUCGAGUCCAUGCUGGCGAUGUUCUCUACCUGCCCAAUUAUUGGUUCCAUCAUGUCCAGCAAAGUCACAAAUGCAUUGCUGUGAAUUUCUGGUAUGACAUGGAAUACGACAGUCGCUAUUGCUAUUAUCGCAUGCUGGAGCACCUAACUACCUCAUCUUGAUUGCUAUGUAAUGAAGAUUUCAAUAUUCUGUGAUUUUAAAUCAAAGAAUUUAAAUUGUUAACAUAUUAAAUAUACAUAUAUUGAAGAAAA